GAAACGCAGCGGAGCGGUAUUUGAAUGGGCGAGAUCCCCUAGCUAACAUCUGUGUUUUUAGCUUGACCUAGUGUUAAGUGAUUGUGGUGCCAUCCUGUUGGGUUUUUAAACGCCUUUUAUACAAAAAUUGACGAUGUCAGCCAUGGAAGUUCGUGCUACGCUCAGGAACUUGGAAAAUCCAGCACCAAUGGGAAAAGCCAUUGUCGGUGGUUUUAGGAGACCUGCGCUAGGAGAAAUUUCUAAUGUUCCCAACAAAGUGGUGCAAGCCAAGAAGGCCUCUGCCAAACCCACAACAAAACCUAUUAACCAUAAAGCAGAGCCAGCAGCUGUUAGACCUAAAUGUGGCCAAGUUCAUCAAGUUGCACCAGUUCCCUGUCUUACUAUCCCUGAGGAAUCUGCUGAUGUGUCUAUGAAAGAGGAAUUGUGCCAGGCUUUCUCAGAAGUUCUCCUCACUGUAGAGGACAUUGACAAGGGUGAUUCUGACAUGCCCCAGCUGUGCUCUGAAUAUGUAAAGGAUAUCUAUGGUUAUCUUCGAACCCUUGAGGUUCAGCAGUCAGUUAAACCUAAAUACAUGCAGGGCUAUGAGAUAAAUGAGCGCAUGCGUGCGCUCCUCAUCGACUGGUUGAUUCAGGUUCAUUCCAGGUUCCAGCUGCUGCAAGAGACUUUGUAUCUCACAGUUGCCAUCCUGGAUCGCUUCCUACAGAUUCAGCCAGUGUCACGUAAGAAGCUCCAGCUGGUCGGUGUGACUGCAAUGUUGGUGGCCUCCAAGUACGAGGAGAUGUACAGCCCGGAGGUGGGAGACUUUGCAUACAUCACAGACAACGCAUUCACCAAGGUCCAGAUUCUGGAAAUGGAGGAGAUGAUUCUGAGGUGCCUCAAAUUUGAGCUUGGGCGACCUCUUCCCCUCCACUUUCUCAGGAGGGCAUCAAAGGCUGGAAAUGCUGAUGCUGAGAAGCAUACGCUGGCCAAGUACCUAAUGGAGCUAACUCUUCUGGACUAUGACAUGGUGCACUACCACCCAUCUGAGAUAGCAGCUGCUUCUCUCUGCCUUUCCCAGCUACUGCUGGAUGGGAUGAAAUGGUCUUCAACACAGCACCACUACUCGACCUAUGAUGAGGGACACCUCCAGCCAAUCAUGCAGCACAUCUCCAAGAACCUGAUGUCUGUCAAUGAAGAAAAGGUCAAACUCCAGGCUGUGAAAAACAAGUACUCCAGCAGCAGGCUCAUGAGGAUUAGUCUCAUUCCACAACUCAAGUCUUCCAUUGUCAAGAAUAUGGCUGCAGCUCUGAUCAACAAUCCUUGAUGUUUUACAUUGUGACGUGACUUCAAUUGCACUUUAAUUUUUAUUUUAUGGAUUCCAAUAACUGAAGGGAGGUCUGCCAGCCUGCUGCUUUUUGGUGUGUUUCUCAUUUGUACAAAUAAAAGUCUUUUAAUAAUUUUAAACUUGAUGCCUACUGUUAAAUCUUGUUUUUAUAAUCACCAUGUAUAUAUUUAAAUUGUUUGUGCUGGUACUUUAGUGUCAAACACUAGUCCAAAGAUGCCAAGUGUUGAGGUUUUUAUCACUAUGGCUUGAACAUGGUUCUCUUCACUAUAUACAAUAUUUGCCUGCAGGAAGUUGUGUGUGGGGUGUAUUUACUUAAGUGUCACAAUGUAACAUGUCAUGAUGUUCCAAGGUCUAAAUAAACAUCCUGUGCUUCA